AUGGCCGACCUCAAGAUUCUUCUCAUCGGCAACGGUGGCCGCGAGCAUGCUCUUGCAUGGAAGCUUAGCCAGUCCUCUCGAGUAGAGUCGAUCUUCGCUGUCCCUGGCAAUGGUGGUACCGCUACGUGCCCCAAGGUUCAAAACGUCACCUCUGUCUCUGCUGAAGACUUUCCUGGUCUCGUCAAGUUUGCUCAGGACAACGGCGUUGAACUCGUUGUCCCUGGACCAGAGGCGCCUCUGGUUGCUGGCAUCGAAGGUCACUUCAAAAAAGCUGGCAUUGCCUGCUUUGGCCCUUCUGAAGCAGCCGCCAGACUGGAGGGCAGCAAGACUUACUCCAAGGAUUUCAUGAAGAAGUACAACAUCCCUACCGCUGCGUACGAGAACUUUUCCGACUAUGAGCAGGCCGCUGCCUACAUUGACCGAGUUAACCACGACGUUGUCAUCAAGGCGACUGGUCUUGCUGCUGGAAAGGGCGUCGUGCUUCCCCAGACCAAGGACGAGGCCAAGGAGGCUUUGAAGCAGAUUAUGGUGGACAAGGCUUUUGGCGAUGCUGGUAGCGAAGUCGUUAUCGAAGAGCUUUUGCUUGGUGAUGAGCUCAGCGUCCUGACUUUCUGUGAUGGCUACUCCAUUCGAUCUCUUCCCCUUGCUCAGGACCACAAGCGCAUCUUCGACGGUGACCAGGGCCCCAACACUGGCGGCAUGGGCUGCUAUGCCCCCACCAACAUUACCACAAAGGAGCUUACCGACAAGAUCGACAAGGAGAUUCUAGAGCCCACCAUUUUGGGUAUGAGACGGGAGAAGCAGCCUUUCCGCGGUGUCCUCUUCACCGGCCUGAUGAUUACCAGCGAAGGACCCAAGGUUCUCGAGUACAACGUUCGCUUUGGCGACCCCGAAACACAGACUGUCCUGCCUCUGCUCUCCGCGGAUACAGACUUGGCCGAAGUCAUGCUUGCUUGCGCUGGCGGCUAUCUUGAUAACUGCACCCUCACAAUCGAUCUCAAGUUCAGCGCCACCGUAGUCGUUGCCGCUGGAGGAUAUCCCGGAUCUUACGCCAAGGGUACCCCCAUGUCCGUCCAGGCACCCCCUGCUGGCAGCACUAUUUUCCAUGCCGGCACUAAGCUCGACGGUAACCAGCUCCAGUCCGCUGGUGGCCGUGUGAUUGCUAUCAACUCCGUUAGCGACUCUCUCCGCAGCGCCGUUGAUGCCUCAUACGCUGCUCUUGCUACCAAGGUCAUUGACUUUGAAGGCAUGUUCUUCCGCAAGGAUAUUGCCCACCGCGCUUUCCGUGACGCUAGCAAGACUUCCAUGACUUAUGCCCAGGCUGGUGUCGAUAUCCAGGCCGGUAACGACUUUGUCGAGAAGAUUAAGAAGGCUGUCGCCAGCACCAAGCGUGCCGGUGCUGAUGCCAUCAUUGGUGGAUUCGGUGGCGAGCUCGAUCUCGCUGUCGCUGGUUACACCAAUGCCCCAGUCCUUGUCGGUGCUAUUGACGGCGUUGGAACCAAGUUGAUGAUUGCCCAGUCCAUGAAGAAGCAUGACACUGUUGGUAUCGAUCUUGUUGCCAUGAAUGUCAACGACUUGAUUGUUCAGGGUGCCACCCCGCUUAUGUUCCUUGACUACUACGGUUGCAGCAAGCUUGACCUCGCAUCGGCUGCUGCUUUUGUUGAAGGUGUCGCUGAGGGAUGCCGUCAGUCGGGCUGUGCCCUCGUCGGUGGUGAAACUGCUGAAAUGCCUGGCAUGUACCAGGGUGAGGACUACGAUGCGGCCGGUUGCGCCAUUGGUGCAGUCACUCGCGAUGCCAUGUUGCCUCAACUCUCCAACAUGACCGAAGGAGACGUUCUCCUCGGUCUUGGCUCCAACGGCGUUCACUCCAACGGAUUCUCUCUUGUCCGUCGCAUUGUCCAGGCUACUGGUGUUGACUACUCUUCUCCCGCUCCUUGGGAUGCUGGUAAGACUGUUGGCGAGUCUCUCUUGACCCCUACGCGCAUCUACGUCAAGAGUCUUUUGCCUAUCCUGGGUGACAUCAAGGGCCUUGCUCAUAUCACUGGUGGUGGCCUUGUUGAGAACGUUCCCCGCAUGUUGCCUGAAUCCCUCACUGCUGAGAUCGAAUUUGGCACAUGGGAAAUCCCUCCUGUCUUCCAGUGGCUCAAGACCAACGGCAAUGUCGCUGGCUCUGAGAUGUGCCGCACCUUCAACAGUGGUGUCGGUAUGGUCAUUGCUGUUGAUGCUCGCAAGGCUGAUGCUGUCGCGAAUGCUCUUAGUGCUACUGAGAAGGUCUCGAGACUCGGCCGUCUUGUUCGACGUGAGGAGGGCGUCGCUGGUUGCGUCAUCAAGAACCUUGAAUCUUGGAACUAA